AUGAGUGGACGACCAAAUCCACGAGAGGCCGCCAGGCUUUCCAGAGGCCGCUCGGAAGAAGCCCGCAGCACCGCCCGUAUGAACGUUUUGCUCUCAGGGUACGAAAACCCUGACGCCACCGGGGUAACUCAAUCAUGGAAGAUUAUCCUAUGUAUGAUGUUUACACUGGCUUUUCUUCUUGUGGGACUUCAAAGUUAUCACUGGCUUAAAGAAACAGAGUUUCCCCAGAAAUCCAGACAAUUAUAUGCUGUAAUUGGAGAAUAUGGUUCAAGGCUUCAUAAGUACCAGGCCAGACUUCGUAUGCCUAAAGAGCAACUGGAGCUUUUAAAGCGGGAAAGCCAGACUUUGGAGAACAACUUUCGUGAAAUUCUAUUUUUAAUUGAACAAAUCGACGUCCUGAAGGCACUACUGAGAGAUCUGAAGGAUGGUACACACAGUGACAGCGGGGAUGCCCACGGGGAGCCCGCCGAGGACCACGAGCACCUGGACGCGGAGGACCAGGAAAUGUCAGUCUUGGUAGAUUAUGUGCUUAAAAAGUUGAGAGAGGACCAAGUCCAGAUGGCUGAUUAUGCCCUGAAGUCAGCUGGAGCCUCCAUCAUUGAAGCUGGGACCUCAGAAAGUUACAGAAAUAAUAAAGCAAAACUGUACUGGCAUGGGAUAGGGUUCCUAAAUUGUGAAAUGCCUCCAGAUAUUAUCCUUCAGCCAGAUGUCUACCCUGGAAAGUGCUGGGCUUUCCCAGGUUCCCAGGGUUAUACCCUAAUCAAGCUUGCCAGGAAGAUCAUACCAACUGCUGUUACCAUGGAGCACAUCUCAGAGAAGGUUUCUCCCUCAGGAAACAUCUCCAGUGCACCCAAGGAAUUUUCUGUCUAUGGCAUCACUAAAACAUGUGAAGGAGAAGAAAUUUUCCUAGGCCAGUUUAUAUAUAACAAAACAGGAACCACCGUUCAAACGUUUGAGCUCAAGCAUAAAGUUAAUGAAUCUCUAUUAUGUGUGAAACUUAAAAUCCUUAGCAAUUGGGGACACCUGAAGUAUACUUGUUUAUACCGAUUCAGGGUCCAUGGCACCCCAGGAGAACACAACUAG